AUGAGUACUCGUAAAGAACCUUCAAAAAGUAAUCGUCGAGCGACAAUUUUUGUCACUGGACCUCACAAGCGACAAACAAUUUAUCAUGGAGACGGUUCGACGCCGAUAAGGAAAACUUCCCAAGAAGCGGUGAGCUUUCGUUUGAAAAAAAAAGUCGAAAAAUUCUGUUAAGAACGAGGGUAUUGUCCGACAUAAUCAUGUAGCUGUUCAUACGGCAAGCAGCGUCGAAGUUUUGGUUCAACUUUUUCUCGACGAGAUAGAAUUAUUGGUAAAUUGGAGGUUUUUUUUUUUGGUUCAUUGAUAAUCUUUUCAGAGGUUUCGAGUUAGGCAAAACGGCGCACGUAUGCGUCAUUAUCUAGCAGCAAAGUUGAACAUUGACUUUACUAAAUUGCGAAACUUUCUUUUCUCUUUAUUCGACAGGUUCAUGCAAAAGUUAGAUCAGGAUGUUAUUGGCUUCUCUUUUCAGAUCAAUUGAUAAGCGCUUCAUGGAAUAUCAAAGAGACGAGGCGAUUAUCUUGAAUAAUCUUCCUUCUCGUCCACCUUGGAAACCUCCACGAUACACAUUCAAUGAUGUAGAGGAGAUGUUGACAGUGGACGACUACGAAGAAGGUAAAACUUCGUUUCGGAAAUGGAUGAAAAUAAAAAGUGUCGCCCAAAUUACUUUCUACAAACAAAUAUUUUAAAAUUAAUUUGAGCUCGGUUAAUUGAAAAGAUCACUCUGUGGUCUGAUCGUGGAGGAACCCGCUUCGAGACAUUGAAAAAAUUAUAAAAAAGUUUUAGUCGGUAGGAAAAGCCCGAUUUGAGCUCCCAAUUUUCAUAUCGUAAAAUCGUAAAUAAAAUUUUGCGCACUACCGUACAUAGUAUCUCUUUCUUUGAGGAGUUUAUCAACGGCGAAAGCCCAAAUGGGAAAGUUUGCCUCAACGAAUGAAGCCUGUUCUCAUCGAUGAAGACAUUUCAGCGUUUCAGGUAAGCCUUUCAUCAGAACUUCUCGAAAUACGUUCACUUUUUUUUUACAAAGAAAAAACAAAAGAGAGGAAUAAUCACAGUAAGACGGUUGAAAGAUCCUUUUGAAAGGGGGUAAAUCAGAAAGCAUCUUGGCGCGCAAUAACUUGUGUGCGUUGAGAAUAACAACAUUUUGUAUUUAUGUUACAGUUCAAUAGAAAAUAAUAGAAAUUAGGGAAAGUAUUAGGGUGGCAGGAAAGAAAUGCGUGUUUUUGAUGUCCUUUAAUUUUAUCAUAAAAACAAGGUUAUCACAAAUCAAUUCGAACUGUAAUUUCCAUCAGUAUUAGCACCUUGUCAACAUUGCUCACGCAGAAAAUGGGUACUUUCUCUGACAGACUAGGCCGCCUACGAGCCAAAGAAGUUUCACCCCCAAUUUGGACUUUAUCGGAGUUUUUCAAUUUUUUUUUUGGGCUGUUUAGCGAUCCAAUGAUUCGGAUGGAUGAUAAAUGCGAAGAGCCAUGUCUGAGCUUUGUAGCGGAAAAAUCAGAAGUUUGCAGAACAAUUUUUCUGAUUUUGGGCUAACACAUUUUCGCAAAAAAGCGAUAUUAGGAACCCAUUUUUCAUUUCUCCUUUUUGCACUCCGUUGCGUAAUAAAACUGUUUUCUCUUGCAGCUAUGGGUGUGUAUUAACUGAUGAGCCAGUUUCACAGGCGUUUGUUGUGAAUCCAGUCUAAUGGCCUUUUAAAAUCGCCUUUAUCGUCGAUUUUUUCGUGUUUUUUGAUUUCAAAGGUCUUUUCGCCUAGUGAAUAGCGCUAAAGCAAUUCAAAAUGUUAACUAUCAGAAAAAAGCAUCAAUGGUGAUCAUAAUAUUGAAAGGUGCCAAGCUUCUGAAUUUGAUUUGUACUUUUUGAAAUAACGCGAAAACUAGGUCCGCGAAUACAGUUUUUGAAAGGAUGUUUUCAGAGCUAUUUUUCUUAUAGAAAGGCGGAAUGAAAGUCAGCAAACUAUAUAUCCAAUGACGCACAAGGACAAGCCCUUUUCGACAAAAAAUACCGUUCUAAAUAAUAUUGCUUCUUGGAUGAAUUAGAAGCCGACAAAAACGAGCCGCAUUUCUUUCAUGCCACCCUAAUAUAUUUUAAGAAGAACGUUUUUUUUUUCUUAGCAUCUGAAUUUGCCAAUGUCGAUGACGAUGGAGGACGAAGAUGACCGGCUGAGUUUGCCAAGUACAAGAACCGUCAUGACCUCUGAAGAUCAGGUACGGCGAAAUACACUGGUCCAUCGGGAUGUCGAUACAAAUACGUACCGGGUAGCAACCGGCGUAUGGUAAUCGGUGGUCGUUUGUAUGCGACCUGGUAUUAUCUCCGUGGUACCUGGAUACUACCGGAAAGGUAUCGCUAUGCUACCGCGUAUGCUCUCCGGUAGCUACCUCACGAGCGGUCGCUACCCGGUACCUACUUGCAUCGACUUCCCGAUUCAUCUUAGCAUCGACGAAUUGGAAUGAGAUUUUCAGAUGGCCGCGAUACAUCAGCAGCUGGCGAUGCUUUCUAGGCAACUGCAAGCUUUGCAAAGACAGAAUGUCCCUCAAGAACGGGAAUCUUCAUCGAAGCGGGAAGUCAGGGCGGAAAAGGUUUUUUUCCCGUUGUACCAUUGGUUUUAUAUAAUAUAUGAUAUCGGAAUAUUUGCGUUUCUAAAACAGAUAUGAGACAGUUAAUGCUCCAAUGUUUUUUCUUCUGAAAAAUAGGCACAUUUCUAAAAUUUUAUAAAGUCAUUCUGGAUUUUCAAAACCAAGUUAAACAAUCCAUUAUUCUGCACCAUGUGGCAGUAUUGCACACAAUAUCUAGGGAAUCUCGAUUAUUCUGUGUCAAUCGCUACGUUCAUAAUUAUCAGAAAAGCUUGCACACCUCGACAUCGUCCUCGUCGCCAUCUUCUGAAGAUGAAGGGAAAGGGCCAUCGUUAUGCAGUCCGAAUCUCCCGAGAAAGGUCUCCUUUUGUCUCUUUUUUUUCUCACUUUCAUAUAGUUAUGAAAUCAUUUAUAAGUCAUUUUUCAAUAAAAGUCAACUGGAAUUCAGCUCUAAUUUGCUCAUUUAAAUACCGGGACUUUUUUCCGUAAUUGUGAUCAUGGAUUUUUUUUUAAAAUUUCUUUAUAGAAAGUAGAAGCUGACAGAGCCCCGGUUUCAAAAAUCGCUCCACUGUCCACCGGGGCUCCGCCCCCUCCGCCGCCGCCUCCUUCUAUGACGUCAUACUCCUUGAUAAGUGGUGAUACUGGGCCGACACCUACUAAAAACAUUGUCAACAAUUCGGUAAUGUUUCACAGUUUUUUUUUUACAAAAGUAAGUUGCAGAAAAAGUUGCCUCCGCCUGAAGUCGUCACUUCUGACCGACCUUAUCUUAUCGAAAUCGCAAACGGCCGAAAUUUGCUCAAGAAAACUAGGUAGUUGUUUUCUCAACCCAAUUAUUGUGAGAAAAAUAGUUUUGAUGUUCAAAAAAUACUAUUUAGCCAAGCUCGGGGGUUUCCGUUCAAAUCUAGCAAAACUGAAAGCCGCUUGUUAAAUACUAAGAAAAAAAUCUUUGUAAGGACUUAUGACGCAGGAUCAUUAAAAAACCAGCAGUUCAAAAAAUAUUACUAAACGGAAAAUUAUUUUCUUCAAUUAAAGAUUUUGAAAAAGAAGUUUUUGAAGAAUAAAACGUUGUUUCUGUGGUGCCGCAAUAUCGGAGAUCGCGUAAUUUUAUAAAUAACUACCAUGAACUGACAAGGACAGAAGUAUUAUAGAAAUUGAUAUUUUAAUUUUUGAUAUUAUAGUCUGUUCAGAUUUUUGAAUGUCAAGCAGCUAACUCUACCCCCAAGGCUACAAUAUCUUCCGCGUCAAUAUUUUAUCCACAGAUGACGAUGGCCCUUUUAAUAACGCUGCAUUUUUGACUUCUUUUUCUAUCUUUUAGAUCAAAAAAGAUCGAAAAUAAUUACGCGCGAUAAAACAUCGACGCGAAAAGGUACCGCCUCAGCCGGGGCGGAGUUAGCUGGUUGACAUUCAAAAUCUGAACAGACUAUAGCCUUUGUUGAAAGUUCUUUUUGUGGUGUUUGAAGUGCCAGAAGUCUUCAAUAGCCUAAAUAGGCUCCGAUAACGGCUUUUGCCUUGAUAAUUUCAAUUAAAAAGUCGUGAAAAAGAAGAAUGAAUAUUUGAAGACCAACGGGGGCGCCCAUCUCACCGAAGCAGCCGCGAAUGCGUCGACCUGUCUCCUCUUUCGAAGCGGCUCUCAAGGACCGCUUCCGCUGUUUUCACGGCGACACUUCGCUCUCCGAGCACGAGGAGACCGAAGAAGAAGCCAACGCCAACUGGGAUUAA